CGCGCUGUAACUCUUGACGCACAAUGUCAGCUGGCGCAAAUCGCAAAAAUGGCAAACAAGCGUCGUGUGAGCCUUGCAGGAGGGGCAAAGUGCGUUGCGACCAUCGCAUGCCAAUCUGUGAUCGUUGCCGACGUCGGAAUAUGGGCAGCGAAUGCUGGUAUCAUCCCGCUCCUCUCACACGCCCGUCAAAACGCACUCGAACGUCGUCACCGGAGCGGACUGAAACUGACUACGCGGCGCCGGCUGCACAAACAGUCCCAGUAACCACAAGCGCGCCUCUCGGAACUCUUUCUGUUCAUGCUGGUGCCGGAGAUAGUGGACAUGGCAACGUCUUGUUUACGACGAUUGACCAAAGCAGAAGAUCAACUCCAUUGCUUCCAUUGCUUUCGCUUCGAAGGCUUGAUAACACCAUUCCGCAGCAUGUGCCUUUGACUGCAAUUUACGAUGAUCGGGGUAACGAAACGCUUGAUGGAGAUCUGCGCUCCAUAACUCGGAUUCUGGGACACCUUCAACACUACAAGACCAUCAGGACCCUCGUCACAGAAUACUAUUGUCUGGAUCAGAUCGCCGUCGUGCCCAGUCAUCUGGUGUUGCCUGUGCUAGCCGACCUUGAACAUCUCCAAGAAGACAUCAUGCAUCAACAGGCAACAACUGACAAUGCAGUCAGCACUGUCGAUGAAUCGGCAACAGCUCGACGUGUUCUCAAUACUACAUCCUCAAAGAUGGCUCUCACCUCGUCCACCUCUUUAGCUGGAUUCGUGGGCUUCUACAGCGGACCAAAUUUGCGACUCGAAUCCAUCGGUCUGAUAUUCACCAUUGCCGCUCGCGUAGCUCGGUUGGGACUUGCUCACCAUGGUGAGAUUGACCACAAUUUUGUGCAAGCCAUGUUCCAGUGUAGUGCAGAAUGCUUGCGACUUGCGCGAGAAUUAGCAUCAGAGAUGAAUGACGUGAUAAUAUGGUUGUCGUAUGAGAACCUGCGCCUGUCUACAACCAUCCAGGGCUAUGCCGGUUCGAAUGUUUGGCGACGGCUUGGCGGUCUGUCCACAGACAUCUUCGCCCUGGAGCUCCAUCGUGAGGCGGCCAUCGCGAAAGCUCCGGUUUUUCUUGCAGAAUGUCGCCGAAGGGUCUUCGCAGCCGCAUUCCAUUGGGACAAGUUUCUUGCCGCGCUGUUUGAUCGUCCGCCACGCAUACCUGGCUACUAUGCCGACUGUGCACCGCCGAGUGAGCUCACUGAUGAUCAGCUCUGCCUCACAAGACUCGGUUGCGACCCGGCCUCAUUCGCACAAGCUGACGGAUGGUCUGGCGGGGAUUCCUGCUGUAGUGCCACUUGGAUUCGAGCGCUAUAUCUUCUUUCACAGCUUCGGGACAAAGCGCUGGUCCAUCACUUGAAACCUCUCAAUGAUGAGACGAGGCCUGAAUUAGAGUCAGUACAGCCUGUUUGCUCCGGUCUCAUCGGAUCAAUAAUCUGUCGACUGACGACCAUUCGCAGGAAGCUAGCGACACAAUGUAAAGAGACUUGGCACUCACUCCCUACCCGUCUACGCUACGACCCUACGUGCUGGAAGUCUGAUCUGGCACCCAUCUCAUGUCUCAGAUCGGCGGAGGUCUACCUCACCUACCUGCAGACACAAUUUCACAUAUAUCGAUUACUACAGAAGUUCAAUGGAAGCUACUCGCCUCAUCUGGUGGAGGCUUGCUCGAGUAUCAUUGAGACAACUCUUCAGAUCGGCGGCUUACAUGAUAAAGCUGAUCAUCAUCUGUACAGUGGCUUUAGGGCAAGUAUUGUGUUAUGCUACGGUUUGCCAAGUGCGAUAACCCUCAUCAAUGCGCUCAGAACUGCAAGAAGAAGCAUGAAUCGGGCGCAAUUUGCUGAUCUUGUUCGCCAGGUGUCAGUUCGACGCCUUUCGGUAUUCAUAGCCUUCUUGGAAGGGGUCUAUCGUCCAGAGAACGCAAAUCAUGCACUUUGUAUCAAGGCAUCGGGACUGAUGUCUGAUGCUUUGGAUGAAGUGCUCGAGUACCUGCUAUCACUUGCAGCCAGCGAACCAGACAUCACAGGGUCUGAUUUGACCACUUAUCUCCCGAACGAAACACAGAUGGGAUCGUCUAGCAAAUAUUUAGCGGCGAUGGAAAAUGCAGACAGCGCACUGGAUAAUUUGUUUGAGUGGAGUGCAGCUGAUUUGAUGGAUAUGAAUGACUGGAUGGACGGCAUUGACUGGACAAAUGCAAGUGGCGGUAUCUGAUUCGAUCUACGGCUCAAACGGUACUGGUGAGAUAGCGCGUACAAAAUUCAUGUCCUAGGUGCAGAAUCCGAUCCCCAGCUUGGGUUCGGCAAGUACAUCAUUGUCCCUCACCAAAGAGCAACUCCAAUUCUAUUCCGAGACUCCAUCCCGGCAUUAUAUCGUCCA